AUGAAUUCUAUAAUAUAUAAGUGGACAAAUAGAAAAUAUGACACUAUAAAAUAUUGGGGGGCUAUUUAUCAAAGAAAUUUUUUUUUUAAAAAAAUUAGUAGAAAUGAUAUUUCUAAACUACUAAAAAAAAUAAAAUUGAAAAAUGAAGUAAAAAAUGAAAAUCAAGAUUUAAUAUUAGGUAAUAAUAUCACAUUAAGUAAAAAAAAUAAACCUGAAUCUUCUACAAGUAUUGAUCAAUUUUCUAGGAGUGUAGAUAUAUUAAAUGAUGAUGAUAUAAAUUCAAUCGAUUAUAUUUUACAAGAAGUAGAGAAAAAAAAUAAAAAAAAUGGUGGAUUUUUAUUAGAAUUAAUAGGAAUAACAAGCAACGGUGAUAGUAUUUUAAAUUCAAGUAUAAUGUGUAUAAAAACUUGUGAUAAAAUAUUAAAUAAUAUAUAUAAAGAAAAUAAUAUUUUUAAAAUUAUAAAUAUGAUAGAUACCGUUUCAAACAAUUUAUGUAAAUUAGGAGAUACAUUGGAAUUGUUAAGAAAUUUACAUAAUAAUAAAAAAACAAUUGCAAUGGCUCACAGUGCUUUAGAAAAAUUAACAAAUUAUAUUGAUAGAAUUAAUAUUGAUCAGAAUAUUUAUAAUUUUCUAAAAAAAAAAUAUAACGAAAAUAUAAAUUUAUUGGAUAAUGAACACAAAGAAGUUUUAAAGAAUAUGAUUAUUUCAAUGGAAAAUCAAGGAGUUCAUAUAGAAGAUGAAAAAAAAAGAAAAAAUUAUUUAGAAUUACAAUCUUAUGAAAAGCAUUUUUCUUUCCAUGCUUCAUCAAAUUUUUGUAGCGAGUAUGAUGGAAUGUAUAUAGAAAAAAAAAAGCUUUUAAAAUAUAUGGAUGAACAUACUAUCAAUGAUUAUGAACAAAAAGUUAUUCCUUUUAUUAAAAGUAAUAAAAUAAAAAUAGAUCCUAAAUAUUCAUUGAACGAUUAUAUAUAUCUAUUACAAGAUAGUUCAUUUGUAAUGACAAUAUUAGAAAAAGUGAACGACAAAAAUAUAGCUAAUACUGUGUACAGCUUACUAAAAAAGCCUAAUAAUAUGUUUUUAAAUAAUAUAUUAAUUCUUCAAUACUAUAGAAAUAUGUUAAUAAGUUAUAGAGGAUUUAAGAAUUACAAUGAAUACUCAUUAAAGUCUUGUAUAUUAAACACUCCUACCAAGGUAAAUUAUUUCUUAAAAAAUUUCUUAGAAAAAAUUCUUCCUUACUUUUUUAGAGAAUUAGAAUUUAUAGAAAAGUAUAUAGAUAUAUCCAAUAGUAAAUUAAUGCAAACUGAUAAAAUAGAUGCUAAUGAAAGUGUAGAUAAUAAUAAAAAUGUUAAUUUCAAAAAAAAUAUAAUAAAUAAUAACACAAAAAUUGUAACUAAAUUACAUUCUUCAAAUAUAUUUUAUUACAUGAAUGAAAUAAAAAAGGUCAAACUUAAAAAAAUUGAAGAACAAAUGAAUCGUAAUUUGAGUUUAUACGAUGUAAUUAAAUUUGUAAUUAAACUUUUAAAAGAUACAUAUUCAUUAGAAAUGGUUAACGUUUUACCACUUAAAAAUGAGUUAUGGGAUGAGUACAUAUUAAAAUUUGAAAUAAGGAAAGAAAAUUAUAUUUUCGGGUAUAUAUAUAUGGAUCUUUUUGAAAGAGAAAAUAAAAAUCAUUCAAUUGCUCAGUACACUGUACGUUGUUCAAAAAAUAUGAACAUUUGUUUAAAAUAUAAAUGGUUAGAAGAAAAUGUUAAUGAAUAUCCAUUUUUUUACAGUGGAAUUAUUAAAAGUAAAAAUAAUAACAACAUAAUUAAUAGUAAUAAUAAUGAUAAUAAGAAUAAUAAGGGAAAUGUUAGUAAUAAUAACAUUUAUAGACAAACAACUUCUACCUUUUUGGUAUGUAAUUUCAACGUAAAUUUAAAUGAUGAAGAAAAUAAUAUCAUUGAUAAAAAUGAUUGUAGUAAUAAACUUUUUAUAAAUAAUAAAAUGAAAUAUUUUUUAGGAAAAAUAAAAAUGUCUAUUGAUAAAGUUAAUAUGUUUCUUCAUGAAUUUGGUCAUACUUUGCAUUGCAUUUUAAGCUCAACUUAUUUACAACAUUUAUCAGGAAAUAGAAGCGGCGUAGAUUUUUCAGAAUUUUCUUCUCAUUUUUUUGAAGAAUAUUUAAAUAAUUAUGGUAGUUUACUAUUAUUAUAUUGUAAAAAUAAAAAUGAAGAAUAUAUGAAAUCUUUACUAAAAAGUUACAUAAAAAAUAAGAAUAUUAUAUGCUAUUAUUCUUUAGUUCAAACUACUAUUCAGUCCAUAAUUGAUCAAAUAUUUUAUUCUUUAUCUCAUAAUACUGACUCAAUUACAGAAAGAAGAAAGUUAAUUGAAAAUGAAAUAAAAAAUUAUUUUUCGAAUAUUUAUUACAAAGAUAUUUUUAUUCUUGACUUAUUUCCUCAAAUACAUUAUUCGAAAACAUCUCAUCUAAUUCAUUAUCCGUCUAAUUAUUACUCUUACUUGUAUUGCUCAGUUUUAUCUAAAUAUAUAUGGAAUAAAAUAUUCAAAAACGAUAUUUACAAUAAGAAUAAAGCAAAUAAAAUUGUACAAUUCUUGCAAGGGGGUUCAGUUGAUUCAAGUUUAAAAAAUAUUAUUUCAUUGGUUGAAGAUGAUAAAGCUAAAAUUGACUACUUUACUGAAAAUCCUCAUAUGAUUCCAUUAGAUGAUUUUUUAACAUAUUAUGAAGAUAAUCAAGACAAAUAUAACUCAUUUCUUGAAAAUUUAUAG